AUUAAUGAUUGAUUGAUGUUGUUACAGAUCCUAGAACAAAUGAAAAGGUGCAUAGUUUGAUUUGAGUAUAGUUGAGAAGAGGGAGCACACAAAACAAUGGCAGCUCAGAUUUGGGAUUGUAAGAAACAAGUUAUACCAUUCAUAGCCAUGGCUGCAAUGGAAUGCAUUAAUGUGGGCUUAAAUACCUUAUACAAAGCAGCCUCUACCAAAGGAUUGAGCUACUUUGUUUUUGUUACAUAUUCUUAUGCUUUUGGCUCAAUUACUCUGUUACCCCUUCUCUUCAUCUUUCCAAGAAGAGGAGGACUUCCACCAUUCACAACUUCCAUUUUCUACAGAAUUGUCCUGCUUUCAGUUAUAGGGUUUGGAGGGAAUAUGUGUAUAUUCAAAGGUAUAGAAUAUAGUUCUCCAACUCUUGCUACAGCUAUGAGCAACCUUUCUCCAGCUUUCACUUUUGUAUUGGCUGUCAUUUUCAGGAUGGAAACUCUGGACUUUAGAAGAUCAAGCACUAUAGCUAAAACCAUAGGAACUUUACUUUCAAUAUCAGGAGCUUUAAUAGCAAUUCUCUACAAGGGAACCAAAAUAUUCUCUUCUCCAUCUAAAGAAACACCUUUUUCAGUAUUUGACUAUUCUCUGAGAACAUCACAACCCAAUUGGGUUCUUGGUGGUCUUUUACUUGUUGCCUUCUGUGUACUAGUCUCAAUUUGGUACAUUCUUCAGACCCAACUCAUUAAAGAAUACCCAGCUGAGCUAACAGUGGUGGUCCUAUACUCCUUAUGCACAGCAAUUGUUGGAGCUGUUGUAAGCUUCAUAGUAGGAACAGACAUAAAUGAUUGGACAUUGAGGACUGACAAAGCAUUAGUUACCAUUAUACUCUAUGGAUUCUUAGGCCCAAGCUUCAGUGCAGCAGUUCAUACAUGGGGUUUGCUCUUGAAAGGGCCAGUCUAUGUCUCAAUCUUCAAGCCAUUUUCAAUUGUUAUUGCAGCUGUUAUGGGUGUUAUUUUCCUUGGUGAUGCUCUCUAUAUUGGGAGUGUAAUUGGAGCAACAAUACUGUUAUUUGGGUUGUAUGCUGUGGUUUGGGGAAAAGCAAAAGAGGAAACCAGUAAAGAUUGUGCCUCAAAAGACUUGGAAACUUCAACUGAAAAUAAGACCCCUUUGUUGAGGAGUUGAGAGUUCAAUAUAUAAAUAUGUAUUUAUAUAUAAUAAUAACAAUAUGUAUUUAUAUAUAAUAAUAACAAUAUGUAUUAGAUUAUGGUAGAUUCUGUUGUCA